UGAAAUGCACUUUUGCAUCAUGACAUUCUACCCGAUAUUGACGCUGUUGACUCUAUAAAUUCGUAUACGACACGACAGAUAAUACAUACAUAUAAUAACAUAAUGACGCAAGUGUAUUCGAUUCAUUACAGAGUGUACCUUUUGCAAUGGUGUCUACCGUGAACAGAGAAAAGGGCACUUCAUAUCACUGGAGAGCCUUGCACGUUCAGCUCUCCGUCUCCAUCCACUGCCGACCUCUGCAGUAAAGUUGUAUGACUGUAAAAGAUGCAUCCGGGUUUGCUGGGAUGCAAAUUAUCACAUGGGAACAGAGGAUAAUGUAUUUUUCAUUCACCUACACCAAACACAGAUUGACAGAAACACACAGGGAAUGAAACCAUCUGCGGAGUAUCAGUUCAAGAAGGCUUUAUCUUCAAUGAGAAAUUCAGGUGGUGGUGCACUGUUUGUGCAUCAUUGUAAAAGUAUAUCCAGACCAGUUAAGGAUGUAUUCCAAUCGACUGUUGUCCCAGUAUUGGGCACAAUGUUAAAUGACGACGAGAUAAUGUCAGAUGGCUUCAGAUGGCAUCAUUUAGAGAGUGAAGGGGGGCGAGUGUACAAAAUAGAUGUCUUGCCAUCCGAGACGUUUAUAACUGUCGACAUGAAAACAAAGCUGGUUGCUUGGUGUGCAAAUAGACAAGUAUGUGCAUCCUUUGAUAAAUUAAAGCCACUCCUGCUGUCCUCACGCAAAGUACCAAAGACAGAGCCCACUAUACAGGGGUUGCCUCACAUGAGCCAAGCUAAUGCUGUGAAGGUCUAUGUUGGCAGAACUGAUGACACCCUUUUCUACCAUUCAAUAGUUGCAUCUUUCUUCUCUGUAAGCGCCUGGGUGGAUCAUAUCUUCACUUCUUCUUUACCGGAAUAUGUCACAUCCAUUUCCAAGAGAAAGCAGGGUGGGUCUGUGUAUGUUGGCCGGACAAGUAACGACAACAAAGUUGAUAUGGAUGGAAUACCGUUUCCAAAGCAAGGGAGGAAACACGAAAUGCAGAGCAUGCUUGAAGAAGAACUACAGAAAAAAAUAUGUGUUUUCAAGAACAAAUAUUCAGAUAUUGCUUUAAAGCCGAAAGAUGUGUUCCAAAUAAGAAUCCAUGAUACUGGAACAAACUCCGGCAUCAUUGAGGUCGCGGUGAGACCUGUCAAUGGAUGUGUGUUCACUGAUGCUUUAGGUCCAGCUUCCUUCAGAGUUGAAAACAAAUCCAUGGGCCAAAACCACUAUCAAGCAUUUGUCAGGUUGCCCUUUGAUGAGUGGAUGGAAAUGGCCUCAGGCUGAGCUAUGCUAUGGUCAUUUAAACCAGUGAUCUUUCAGGGUCAUUUUGGUUGGACUGAGUCCGUCACAUUGAAGCAUGUUAAAGUUUGUCAUUCAAAGACAGACGCAGUCUAAAUGAAUCACUCUGAGCGAAAUAUAGGCAAGUA